UUCUUCUAUCCUUUCCUUAACAUAAAUAUAUAUAAUACAACGAACCCCUUCUCUCUACUUAAUUCCCAUUCACUUUCUUCUCUCUUUCUUUACACUUAUUAUCAUUUUUCCUUCAUAUCUUUUAUUAAGGAAGCUGCUAAGGAAGUACUUAGAAUUAAGAAUGAGAGAGGGGAAUUUGGUAAUGAAUUUGAGCUUGGGAAUUAUUGUACUAUUGGUUUGUUGUAGUUUGGGAUGGGUGAAUGCUGAAGACCCAUAUAGAUAUUUCACUUUUCAAGUCACCUACGGUACACGUGCUCCUCUUGGGUUUAAUCAAAAGGUAAUCCUUGUGAAUGGGCAAUUUCCAGCCCCAAAGAUAGAGUGUGUGACAAAUGACAACAUAAUUGUGAAUGUCAUUAACAAGCUUGAUGAGCCUUUUCUCUUUACAUGGAGUGGAGUGAAGCAAAGGAGGACAUCAUGGCAAGAUGGGGUGUUAGGGACAAAUUGCCCAAUCCCUCCAAACUCAAAUUGGACAUACAAAUUCCAAGUUAAAGAUCAAAUUGGAACUUUCACAUACUUCCCUUCCAUCAACUUCCAAAGGGCUUCUGGUGGCUUUGGAGCCUUUGUAAUUCAACCUAGAAGUGUCAUAACAACUCCCUACCCCAUUCCCGCUGCCGAGGUCGACCUUCUCAUCAGCGACUGGUACAAUACCGACCAUAAGACGUUGCGUAAGAAGUUGGAUUCGGGAAUUUUGCUGCCUUUACCUAAUCGUCUUCUUAUCAAUGGACAACCUAGUUUAACACUAACUCUUAAAAAAGGGCUAACAUACAAGUUGAGGAUAUCAAAUGUUGGGAUAGCAACAUCGAUAAACUUUAGGAUUCAAGGACAUUUAAUGACACUUGUGGAAGUAGAAGGAGCUCACACAGUUCAAGAAGUUUACGAAUCAUUGGAUAUUCAUCCUGGCCAAUCUGCUGCUGUUUUGGUGUCUCUUAACAAUUUACCAAAGGAUUAUUACUUUGUGGUUUCUUCACGUUUCACUAAGCCUACUAUUCUUACUACUGUUGGUAUCCUUAGAUAUGAAGGCUCUUCCAUUCCUCCUUCCAAGCCUUUGCCCAUUGGACCUACUUAUCAACUCCAUUGGUCCAUGAAGCAAGCCCGAACCAUCAGAUUAAACUUGACAGCAAAUGCAGCAAGGCCGAACCCACAAGGAUCAUUCCACUAUGGAAACAUAACAGUAGUGAGAAGACUCAUAUUAGAAAAUUCAUUGAGAAAGAUAAAAGGAGCUCUUCGUUGUGCAGUGAACAGUGUGUCAUAUGUUGAUCCACCAACACCUUUAAAGUUGGCUGAUUGGUUCAAAAUUGAUGGUGUUUUUGACUUCAAAACCUUCACUGAUGUCCCAACUUCAAGACCUGCAAUGCUUGGAGUCUCUGUCGUUAACAUUACCCUUCAUGAUUUUGUGGAAAUUGUGUUCCAGAACAAUGAAAACACUGUCCAAGCUUGGCAUUUUGAUGGAACAAGUUUCUAUGUUGUUGGAUAUGGUUCUGGUGUUUGGAGUUAUAAAAUGAGGAAACGUUAUAACUUAGUGGAUGGUAUAUCAAGACACACUGUUCAGGUAUAUCCAAGGUCAUGGACAGCAAUAUUAGUGUCAUUAGACAACAAGGGGAUGUGGAACUUAAGAUCUACAAUAUGGUGGAGAAAUUAUUUGGGUCAACAGUUAUAUGUCAGAGUUUGGAAUGAUGAAAAGAGUUUAUAUACUGAGACUGAUAUUCCACCCAAUGCUCUCAAGUGUGGCAAAGCAUCCAAGUAUUAAUAUAUUCACUCACAUAUACAUAUAGAUAUUUGAACAAUAUUUGUAAUAUGUUAUAUAUUCAUUUUCUGAUCUGUUGAAAAGGUAUGUUUGUGUUAAUUUUAUGUUUGAUUAGAGGUUUAAUUUAAUUAUUAGUCACAACAGGGUGACUGAUAAGAAAGGAAGAAGGAGGGAAAAGGAGAAACAGAAGAGGAAGAAAAUUUGAAAGGUUGAAGACCCUGAGAGGGAUGAGAGGGUUAGUUCUACUUUGAUUUGUUAUUAUACUUAAUCACUGUAUUUUCUAUGUUGUAAUAAAUCCUCAAUUCACUUGUUUCAGUAGUAAAGUUUCUAAUAAUUUGUCAUUGUUUCUUGAUUAAUCUUUUUGUGGUUUACUGUUGAAAAUCUAUAAUAAGAGCUUCAUUUGUAUCUUUA